CAUUCUCUGGUUCCUAAGUUAGGGAGAAAGAUUUUCUCCGCGAAAGCUCAUUUGCUGUGCCGGUGAGAGUGGAAAACCAAACGUCAGUGAGAUUCUGUUCUGGGCGAGGUUGUUUGAAGUUGUUGGCGUAGCUGGUGACUAGCUUUCUCGACGAGGUUGCAAGAGUAGAGCAUUGGUUGGAAGCAGAGGUAAGUUCUUUCCUUUGUCACUCUGAUUUAGGGUUUCAGUGGUUUUCAUUUGGGGGGAAAUCUAUUGCGCAUUUGGAGGUCCAAUUUGCAGCGGUUGUGUUAGUGUGGGUUUGAUUUGUGGUUGGGUUUGAUGGGUUUAGGGUUCUGUUUUGGUUGUUAUACAGAUGGUUUUUUCAGUGGUUUUUCGGCACAUGGGGAAGUUUGAAAGAUUUAGGGGAAGGAUGCUGCGUUACGAAGGUGGAGAGGAGCAUGUAGUGUGUGGACUGGAUCCAGAUAUGUGGUCCUACUUCGAAGCAUUGGGUAUUCUGAAGAAGGAUUUUAAGUAUGAUGGAGAACUUUAUAUGUGGUGGAAGCCAAAGAAGGGGAGAAUGGAUAGAGAUCUAAGGCCAUUAUGUGACGAUAGACAUGCUUUGGAGUUGGCCGAAUAUGCAGAAAAUAAAAACGAGGAGGUUGAGAUUUAUGUGGAGCCUGUGGUUAGUUCUGCUCAAGUUAUUGAACUUGUUGAAGGGGCUGCUGUUGGGACAAAUGAGGAGGUUGGUGCUGCUGUUAAUGUUGGUGUGAUACUUGAAGAACAGGCUACUGGUGCUAGGGAAAAUGAAGAGGUUGGUGCACCUGUUAAUGCUGGUGUGAUAAAUGAAGAAGAGCCUGUUGCUGCUGGGGCAAAUGAAGAGUUUGGUGUCGCUGUUAAUGUUGGUGUGAUAAAUGAAGAAGAGGCUACUGCUGCUGGGCCAAAUGAAGAAGAAGCAACUGCUGUUGAGAAUGGUGGUGAGGUGAAUGAAGAAGAGGCAAAUGCUGCUGCUGCUGGGCCAAAUGAAGAAGAAGCAAAUGCUAGUGUUGAAUCUGGUGAUGAAUUUGGCGUUGUUUCAGGUGAUGAUCAAGCUGAUGAAUUGGAUGAGAGUGAGGAAGAAAGACAUAGAGAUGAUGAUGACUGUUUUGGGUUGGAAGAUAUUCCACGCAGGAAUUUUUCUCAAGUUUUAGACAGGUGGAAAAAAUUCAAACAAGAGUGGAAAAAUAGGAAGAGGUCAAGAACAACUGUUAUACCUACAGCUGAAGGAAACCAAAGUGAAGGUGUGGGUACAUCUACCACACAACAAAGUAUUGUUGAUCAUGAAAUAGAUGCGAACUACAGCAUUGAUGAGCUAGAUAGUGAUGUUGACAUUGCUUAUGGGGAUGGUGGGAGGAAAUACCCAAUAUUCAAGGGCGAAGACAUGUGCAAGGAAUUCAAAUUCAAACUUGGGAUGGAGUUUUCUUCCUUGAAAAAAUUCAAGCAAGCUUUGAUGGAGCAUUCUGUGUUGAAUGGCAUAGAGGUUAAAUUUGUGAAGAAUGAUGAUGUCCGAGUGAGGGCUAUCUGCAAAAGGAAGUGUGGAUUUUUGAAGUGUGGAUUUUUGAUUUUAUGCAGCAAAGUUAGAGGAAGUCAAACUUUUAGGGUGAAGACCUUGAUUGAUAGUCAUAAUUGUGGCAGAGUUUUUGUUAACAAGAAUGCAAACAAGGAAUGGGUUUCCAAAAUUGUAGUUGAUAAGUUUAGAAAUGUUGGGAGAAUGACAGCCAAUGAAAUAAUUGAUGAUGUCCGAAGGUCGUACAGUGUUGCAAUAACCCCCUGGAGAGCUUGUAGAGCAAAAGAGAUUGCAAUGGACAUUCUUGAAGGAGAUGGGCAAAAUCAAUAUAGUAUGCUAUAUGAUUAUGCUGCAAAGCUAAGGAGAGUGUCUAUUGAAACAACAGUUAAGAUAAAAAUUAAUCAACCUCAGCCCACAUUGCAGCCACAGUUUGGGUCUUUCUAUUUGUGUCUAGAUGGGUGCAAGAAAGGGUUCGUGAAUGGCUGUAGACCAUUCAUAGGUGUAGAUGGAUGUCAUUUGAAGACUAGCUAUGGACGCCAACUUUUAGUUGCUGUGGCAAGGGAUCCAAAUGACCAGUACUUUCCACUGGCAUUUGUUGUUGUAGAGAAUGAGUGCAAGGAAACUUGGAGGUGGUUCCUAACAUUAUUGUUAGAGGACAUUGGAGACAUUCAAAGUAAUCGAUGGGUAUUUAUUUCGGACCAGCAGAAGGGACUGAUGCAAGUAUUUGAUGAAUUAUUGCAUGGAAUGGAGCAUCGAUUUUGUCUAAGGCAUAUGUACAGCAACUACUAGGUUACAUGCAAUUCCACGUAAGUCUUGGUGUAAACAUGCAUUUAGUGCAUAUUCUAGGUGGGAUGUCCUCAUGAACAACUUAUCAGAGUCAUUUAAUAACACUAUAUUAUUAGCUAGGGAUAAACCAAUUAUAACAAUGAUGGAGUGGAUUAGGACAUAUUUGAUGAGUAGGUUUGCACAUUUGCGGGAAAAAUUAAGUGCAUUUACGGGUGUUGUAAUGCCUAAACCUAACAAAAGGCUAGAUAGGGAAAUAGAGAAAAGUGGAAACUGGUUUGUUGUUUGGACUGGAGAUGGUAAGUUUGAAGUUACACAAGGAUUCACCAUGGAUAAAUUCAUAGUUGACCUCACAAACCACACUUGCACCUGUUAUUUUUGGGACUUAGUUGGCAUACCAUGUAGACAUGCCAUGGCUGUAAUCAAUUACAGAGUAGAACAACCCUCUGAUUAUGUGCACGCUUAUUACAAAAGGGAGGCUUAUGAAGCUUGUUAUGGGUCACCAAUUUCACCCAUUAAUGGCCAACAAUUGUGGCCUAAAAGUAAUGGACCACAAAUCCUACCCCCAAUAUUUAAGACUCCUCCUGGGAGGCCACGAAAAUUAAGAAGAAGAGAACCUGAUGAAGAUGUCAGCCACUCUAGGUUGGGGAAGAAACAUCUUAGAAUGAAGUGCAGUAACUGUGGCCAGUUUGAUCACAACAUCAGAAGCUGCAAGCAGGGAAAAACCAACAAGGGAAAACAGAAAAGGAAGAAGUCUGCAAAAACUGCAGCUGCUACUGAAGAAAAAUCUGCCAUUAUUUUUUGUAGUAGUUGCUUUAAGAAGCAGUAAUUGGUCGCCACAACCACAAACUUUUCUUCCAAAAUGAGAAGAUCCCACUUGCGCAGAAGAAGACGAAGACGAUGGACAACCCUUCGACCCAACACUCAUCUUCAUUUACAAACCCUAAAACACAAAAAAUUCCCAAAUAAUCAAAUCAACCUACCUUAUGUUGAUCAACAAAUGUUGAGCACUUCAAUAUUCUAUGAUGGCGUGGUAAUGGCUUUCUAUUUUCAUUCCUUCAGAUUUCAACAUCCACAUCUUUCUUCCAAACUCUUUCUCUUCGAUGGAUUCACAGACCUUCACAAACCUAACGG